AUGGUCUCCUCCGCCGCCCCGCCGCCGUACCUGCCGCACCUCGACGGCCUGCGCUUCGUGGCCCUGCUGGGCGUGCUGCUGUUCCACUUCGACGUCGCGCACUCCACGGGCGGCUUCAUCGGCGUCGACGUCUUCCUCGCCCUCUCCGGCUUCCUCAUCUCGCGCAACAUCCUCCACGCCCUCCCCGCCUUCUCGCUGCGCUCCUUCUACGUCCGCCGCUUCUACCGCCUCUACCCGGCCUCGCUCGCCACCGUCGCCGCCACCCUCGUCGCCGCCUUCCUGGCCUUCCCGCCCGACCUCGCCCGCUCCGCCCUCAACAGCGCCGCCGCCUCCCUGCUGCUGGUGAGCAACCUCCACUUCUUCGCAGAGUCGGGCUACUUUGACGAAGACGCCGCCCUCAAGCCCUUGCUGCACACCUGGUCCCUCUCCCUCGAGGAGCAGUUCUACUUCUUCUGGCCCUUCCUGCUCACGCUGCUCGUCUCCACCACGCCCGCGCGCCCCGCGCUCCGCGCCCCGCUGCUGCUGCUCGUCGCCGCGGCCUCGUUCGCCCCCGCCGUCCUGCUCCACCCGCGCCACGCCUCGCUCACCUUCUUCCUCCUCCCGUUCCGCGCCUACGAGUUUGCCGUCGGCGCCCUCUUCGCCGUCCUCGAGCCGCACUGGACCCCGCCCGCCGCCCCGUCCGUGCUGCGCUCGGUCGCCGACAACGUCCUCGCGCUCGCCUCCUUGCUCGCCGUGCUCGCCGCCUUCGUCCUCGUCCCGGAGAACAACUCCCCGACCCACGCCCUCCCCGUCCUGGCCGCCACCGUCGCGCUCAUCGCCACGCCGCGCUCGCUCGUCGCCCGCUACGCACUCGCCAACCGCCCCGUCCGCUUUCUGGGCAACCUCACCUACUCGGCCUACCUCACGCACUGGGGCAUAUAUGUCUUCGCCAGAUACUUUAGCAGCGGGCUGCGUGUCCCGAUGCUGUCGGUCCCGACCCUGCUCGCCGCCACCUUCGUGUCGGCGUGGCUCCUGCGCACGCUGGUCGAGGACCCGCUGCGAAAAAACCGCGUGCGCCACUGCGUCCCGCUAGCGAUCGGCCUCAUCGUCACCGUCGCGUUUUGUGCGCUGGGGCUUGCCACGAAUGGGUGGGACUUUCGACUUAGCGAGGAGGACAAGAUGGACGUAAGGCGCGCCGUCGUCGUCACGUUCCGCGACAUGUGCGUCGACCCGUCAUACGUGAAGAGGCGCGACUUUUUGAACAAUUACUCCGACUGCUGCCUCGUUGGGGAUACCUCGAAGAAGACUCCCAACGCGGUCAUCAUGGGGGAUUCGUAUGCGAGACAUUUGAUCCCGGCGUUCAACCGCAUCGGGAGAGAUCGGGGAGUCAGCUUUAUGUUCAACUUCAAGACGAGCUGCCCGCUCGUUUCCAUGCGCGACGAUGCGGUCAUUGGUACCAAGGACGCGUUUUGCCAUGAGCUGCACGUGAGGAGGUGGAAGAUGCUGAGGGGAGAGAAGGUCGCGGACUCGGAGCCGAUCCCGCCAAACUCGACCAUUAUCGUCGCGAGCUUUGGCGAGUUUGCGGACAUGGAGGCGAGGCGGAGGAGGCUGGUCUUCUUGGCUGAGGAUUUGAAAGCGUUGGGCCAUCGGUAUAUGGCGGCGGGCGAGCCGUCCGGGAUGCACAUGGAUGAGCACUGGCGGUUUGCAUGCAUGGAUUUGGAAAAGUCGCCACUCGUGCAGUUAGGGAGGUUGUUGCGGUCCAGGAAGCAGUCGGCAUGCCUGAGCGAUUGGAUGAAGCCUAGCUCUAGGUCAUUGCAGGACUGGAAAGAUUAUAAGACUUUGCUCGCAGCGGAGAUGCCAGACACGCCGUUUUUGGACAUGUAUGCGCCGGUUUGCAAGGACGGAGAAGAUGGUGAGCCGAUUUGUCGGCUGCUGGGCGAUCGGAACACGACAGAGGGCAAGUUAAAUCUGGGAUACGGCCGUGACGCGAACCAUCUCACGAUCCAGGGCUCGGAGUUUUUGUCGAGAUUCUUCGAGAAGGAUUUGCCCUUGGACUGA